AUGUCGGCAAACAGUGAAGAGGUUUUUGAGCGGGAUGAAGACAUGUCGUCCUGGAGUUCGGCGUUCGCGCCGGUCAGUAAACCAGCAGAUUCUUCGAAGAGCAAGCGCAAGAAGCAUAAGAAGCGGAAGAAGGUGAAGAAGAGACACUCCACGACACAGGAGCGCAGGCGAUGUGACAAAGAAGAGACCAAGAAGCGAAAGAAGAAAGAGAGGAAGUCGGCAUCAGUCCCGGAAGAUGCCGACAAUCGGGCAGAGCAGUUGCCCUCCUCCAGCUACACCGCCCGAGACCCUCAGGAGCAGGAGGGUUCAGCCCACGAAGGGCUUCCCGCCAACUUGGGCAGGUGGGUCUUCCAUGCCUCUUGGGAACCGACAGAAGAAGGAGACCAGCCGGAAGCGCCUCCCAAACGCAGUCCGGGGAGAGCAGCUGCGAAGAUGCUGGUUCGCGCCGGCCUUCGCUGUAAAUGUCAUUUCGCUCUCGACUGCCAAUGCAGUGACGUGCAGGGCUGGGAGAGUUUCCUGCGUGAGCAAGACGCACCCUCGCAGAAGCCUAUGAUGUUUAUGCUACUCGAGCCGGCUCAAGAGCUUUCAGUUUUCACCUUCGUUUCACCCUCCGUCUCACAAUGGUGUCGCAGAGACGACUCCGACUCCUCUGACAGUGAGGAGAUGAUUCCGACGAUCUACGGGCUCAUGCCCAUGAGGCGAAAAGCUAAGAAGAACCGCAAGCACAAGAAGAGCAAAGAGUCCAAAAGAGACCGACGCACCAAGAAGAAGGCGUCGAAGAAGCGCGCACCCAAGGCAAAGAAGAGCUCGUACAGCUCUGAAUCCUCCUCGUCCUCGUCUUCGCCGGAACGCCGCCGCCACAAGCGCAAGGAGCGUGCGGAAGCCGCUCCCUCGAGCCACAAGGGGGAGUCUUACCACACACCGUCCUUUACGAAGGACCAUUCCUUUGGAAGUGGCAAAUGGGGCGGACAGAGCUCCGGGUGGAAGCAGCCAGGCUGGCACUCGAACAAACAAUGGCAAGCCAAGUCUUGGCAGCCCAGAGGCUCCGGCAAGCCCUGGAACACUUGGACGGCGCAUGAGAAGGGUUACCAGUGGAAGCUCCCCGAACAGGAAGAAGAAGCCGAAGAUAGGGAGGAAGCUUCCAUGCAGGAAGCACUCAUGAAGAGUGCAAUGGAGGAGGCGUGGUCCGACCGCACUCGGACUUUGUCCUACAGUGAACUCCCGGCGGAUCAGCGCGGCCCCCCCUACAAAGAAGUCAUGGAGAAUGUGGAAGCUGAUGACAUCGAGCGCAUGGCCGCGCGGAUCAAGGAGCACUCCCGCCUCCCGGAGGCAAUGAUCAACUAUGUGUCCCGGUUCCUGGCCUCCCUCCCCGACGGGACGCUGCCGCAAGAGUUGAAAUGGGCGCAGCAUUCAGGAUCGCAUUUCUCCGCCUCGAUCCUCGAACUGGAGCUUAACCCCGACAUCGCCGCGCCGGAGCAGCUCCAGAUCCCGGACCCCGUCCACUCGCAGAGUCUGACGGCCGCUCACGGCACGAAGUGGUCCUCGGCUCACGGCAUUUUGAGCCAAAAGAUCAUCCGCCCUCAAGCAGCUCAGACCGACCAGUACCCGCCAUACGGGUUCUUCGCCCGUGGCAGCUGCGAGCAGUACUCCUCGCACACGGCAAUGAAGGCCCUGGAAGGGGUUGCGAGGAAAGCAAAGGCCUCGGGAAGUGGCAUCGCAAUUUUGGUGUCCGCAAGGGCACACGCGGUCCAACUCUUGGAAGGAGGCGUGGGCAAGCUUCAUGCAGCUUGCAGAAGAGACUGGGCGGCGCGAUCCUCAUCGGACCAAAGUCUGUGCAUCAGGUCGGAGGGCGCGACCAUAAAGGCCGUGGCGUUCAUGUGGCCGCGGUAG